AUGUGCAAAGUUGGGGACCGCACUCCGAAGGCUGCGGUCGCUACAAUGAGUAAAGAGCUUGCAGCUCUAAGGUUGUUUAGUGCUUACAAGAAGGCUGAGAAACGCGAGCUACUUGUCAUAUUUGACGACGAGAAGGCCGUGUUGGACGAUAAACAAGUUGCUGUAGAGGUAAUGGACAUUCUCAUUGCCGAUUCGGAGAUUACCGCUUUCACGUUGACUUUUGGCAUUUGGCACAUCGCAUGCUUGGCCCAGCUGGAAUCAAUCCCCUAUCAAUCAGCUUCCGUUCACGAGGCUCUUCGAGUGACUAUACCAGUAACCACUAGAUUUCCGUGCAUCGUACUAGGUGAAGGUCAUAAUGGGUCAGUCGUGGAUGGCAAAGUCGUUUCUCCGGGCACUAUGAUCGGUAUAUCGGCCUAUGCUAUGCACAAGAGUGGGAAUAUCCGAGCUCAGGGUGUAAGGUUAGCAAUUAAAGAGGCCAGGGUAGCCGGAGCGGGGGCGGCCGCUAGUUCCCUCUAA